AUUCAAAAUGCCUCCACGGCUACAAUUGCUACGGCGUGCAGCCGUCUCCAUACCGACACAGAUUUCGCCAGCAUACCAGCCGAUUGCGCCUUUCCUCUACCCUUUCCUGAGUCAACAACGAAACGCCUCGAUUCUCUCAUCCCUAUCUGAUAAUAAAGGCGCGUACAACAAGCCCAUCAGGCGCGGUCGUGGUCCUGCCAGCGGGAAGGGCAAGACAUCUGGGCGUGGUCACAAGGGUCAAAAGCAGCACGGAAAAGUGCCUGCAGGCUUCAAUGGAGGUCAGACGCCUGACUGGAUAGUGGCUGGCCCGCGAGGCUUCAAAAAUCACUUCUCCGUGGACAUGACCAAGGUCAACCUCAAUCGCAUCCAGGACUGGAUUAACCGAGGCCGCCUGGAUCCUUCUCAGCCCAUUACGUUAAAGGAAUUAAAUGAAUCGCGCUGCGUGCACGGCGUGAAAGAUGGCGUGAAAUUGCUUGCACGUGGCAAAGACGAGCUCACGACGCCCAUCAAUAUUGUGGUAUCACGAGCGAGCGCCGAAGCCAUCAAUACAAUCGAGAAGCUUGGAGGUACCGUAACGACACGCUAUUACACCAACUUCGCGAUCAAAAGAAUCAUCAGGGGCGAAAUGGACCCCAUCCACAGCCUGCAAUCGCGUAUCAACAUUGCCAGUGCGGACCGUGGUGUAGAUGAGGUAGACGUGGACAAAGUGGCGGAUGCUCUUACGCAGGAGGAAAGAAGAUACCGCUUUAGGUUACCGGAUCCUACGAGCAGAAAGCACUUGGAAUACUACCGAGAUUCCGCACAUAGAGGCUACCUCAGCCAUUUGGUUGGCGAAGGGCAAGGGCCAAGUCUGUUCUUCAAGACACCUGGCGCUACUGGCAAGACCGAGGAAAAGAAGAAGAGAGCUGCGAAAAAAGCUGCUGCGAGCAAAGCUGCAGGCAAUCGGAUAUGGUGAUUUAUGUCGCCCUUCGCGCCUGGUCCUGCCCGCCCCCAUGUUCGUUGACUCGAGACUAGCCCUGCUAGGAUUCAGAGCAAGCAGAGCAGAAGUUCAUCAUGAAAGCCAGCAGAAAGAGAAUGGCCUCACCACAAACCAAUGCAAAAUCCCGCGGCGCAGAGACAGGUUGGUUCCAUGAAGCAGCAUUUAGCUCAACAAUUCUCUUAUAUCCUCAAUCCUUUGCAUCUUCUUCUCCUCCUCGCUCAUCAUGCCAAGCGAACUGGCACUGCGUCAGAAGUUAGCAAUUGUUCGUACCAACAGCAGACGUUGAUAAAGGGCAAUCAUUACUCACAUAAACUUCUUUCUCUCCUGCACUGUUCAACAAGGGAUUAGCACAAUGAUCAUCCUCCACGAUUUCAUGCCGUUGAGCACUUACCUCGGAGCAUCUUCUCUUCGAUAGUUCCCUCAACCACGUAUCUAAUCACUUCAACACUGCGCCAGAAGUUAGCAAUUGUUCGCACCAACAGACAUUGAUAAGGAGCAAUCAUUACUCAUGAGUCUGGCCCAUACGAUGCACACGAUCGAUGGCUUGCGCUUCAACGGCAAAACUCCACCAUGGAUCCAUCAUGAAGACUCUACGCGCACAUGUCAAGUUGAGUCCAAC